CGAAAUGCGUGAGACGAGGAUGGAAUGGAGCCCUUGCCCUGUGGCUGUGCUGUAUGUUCCCACGCCCGUCACAGAAAUCUUUUGUUUUGUGUUCCAUUUCCUUGCAUCCACGCAUUCCGACCCCGAUGGCAAAGAAAAAGAGCAAGCAAGUUCUUCGUCCGUGGUGUUGGUACUGCGAGCGUGAGUUUGAAGAUGAAAAAGUCCUCAUGCAACAUCAAAAGGCGAAACACUUCAAGUGUGGCAUGUGUCCUCGCCGUCUGAAUACUGCCGGUGGUCUUGCAGUUCACAUUCAGCAAGUGCACAAACUCGAACCAGAGAACCUGCCUCGAAUCGAGAACGCAUUGCCCGGUCGGGACGGCUAUGAAGUGGAAAUCUUUGACUCUAAACGCCGUAAGGAAAUCGAACUUGGCCUCGCUGCGGGUUCCAUUUCCCAACCCCAACCAAAGCGUCCCGAGAUCGACAACCGACCUCUUUCGGAGGAUGAGCUGCGUGCCCAGUUGGAAGCCCGAUUUUACAAUGCCGCUCCGACCGCAUAUGCUGUACCACCUGCUCCUACUCCUGGCAUCACCCCUCUAGGUACAUCGCCGCCUCCUGGGCUUCCCGGCAUUUCUCCGCCACCGUUCAUGCCCGGUGUUCUCCCUCCAGGACCGUUCCCAGGUGUCCCUCCAAUGGCUUCCCCAUUCCCCGGCAUGCCCGGAUUUCCUCCCGGGUAUUCCUCCACCCCCUGGUUUCCCUAUGCCGCCUCCUGGUCUGCUCCACCACCUGGAAUGCUUCCCCCAGGUGCACCACCAUUCCCCCCUAGGGUUUCCCGUCCGCCUCUUCCGCCGCCCACCUUCGUGCCUGCGAGCUCACCCUCGCCAGUCGCGUCUAUGAAUGGGACGCCUGCUUCAGCUCCACCUCCAGGACUUGUGCCUCCCGCAGCCACAGCACCACAGCCACCGGCGGUGUCUCUUCCACCGCCACUUGUACUUCCUAAUCCUGCUCUCGAGCAGAAGUAUGGACCUUUCAAGAAGACCGACUUGAAAUAUGCAGAUCCUAAUUUCUCUCCUGAGGAGAAGCGUGGACGCACUGCGAAGUACUACUUUGCCAGCGAUGCAACGAAUACCACACCAUCGCAAGAUCAAAUGGCCAGUGGCACAGAAGAAUUUCGCGGGAAGAAACGUGCACGCGCGGAGGAUUUCCUCUAACUGUGUACGUGCAUACAUACGCUUACCGACGAAAGUGGAGUGGGAGAGGUGGUGUUUGGUCAAUCUUGUUUCGUUGUGAUGGGUCACUUUGUGCGGGUCUCCUCGUUAUCUUUCGUUUUAUCUUUCCAGCUAGGGCCGGUCUGUUGCAACGGGCGGUAAUCGUGGGUGUCGGGAACGGUAACGGUAUGGGG